AUGGCUCUGCGCUGGCUCUUGGCGCUGCUGCUGGCACUGCCCGGCGCUUGGGGGGACUGCCCGCGGGCGCCGACUUUCGUCUUUGCGGAGCUCACCACGACCCCCGAGGAAUCCUACCCCGUGGGGACCCAGCUGAGGUACCACUGCCGCCCGGGGUACGUGAGGAACGGGGACCAGGCCCCCGUGCUCACCUGCCUCCCCAACUCCACCUGGUCGGAGCAGCCCGACUUCUGCAUCGGAAAGUCGUGUGGGCAACCGGACAUCGCGAAUGGCAACUUUCACACCAGCACCAAUCUGCUGCUUGGGGCGACCGUAACCUUCACCUGUAACAUUGGGUACCGACUAGUUGGGCCACCAACUGCACAGUGUGUAUUUAAAAAUGAUGAAGCUUACUGGGAUAACAUUCCAAUCUGUGAGAUUAUUGCCUGCCCACCACCUCCUGAAAUCAAGAAUGGGCAGCUCCUUGGUGGGGAAGGAGAAUUCACCUUUGGCACGUCUGUAAGUUACAGCUGUAACAAAGGUUUUUCUCUUAUUGGAGAUGUCACAAUUUACUGUACAAUGGGUCCUAACUACCAGGGAACCUGGAAUGGUCCAGCCCCUGAAUGCAAAAUGGUCAGCUGUGAAGAUCCAGACGUGAAAAAUGGGAGAAGGUUGUCUGGCUUUGGCCUUGAGCACACAUAUGAAGAUACAGUGAGCUUUGAGUGUAAUCCUGGUUAUAAAAUGAACGGUAGUAGUGUAGUUACCUGUGAAGCAAACAGUUCCUGGACACCACCUCUGCCAACAUGUGAGAAAAUCCGCUGUGGUUCCCCUCCACGCUUCCCUUUUGCUGAACUACCAACACCUGUGGGUGACAGCUCUGAUUCUGGAACCAGGCUGGACUAUCGGUGUAACCCAGGAUAUAAGGCAGCACCUGGAAAGUCCUCUACUGUCAUUUGUCAGAGGAAUGAGACCUGGUCUGCUGCAGACCCAGACUUCUGUGUCCGACAGCAAUGCUCCCCUCCCGAAGUAAAGAACGGGAAUGUGGCUGGAAACGAAAAAACUUUCCCCUUUGAAACAGUUGUGAAGUUCACCUGCAAUUCUGGGUGA